GCGGCGCCCCGGCGCCAUGGGCGGGGAGGAGGAGAUCGUGCGAAUCGCCAAGCGCCUCGAUAAGAUGGUGGCCAAGAAGAGCGCGGACGGUGCAAUGGAUUUACUGAAGGAGCUGAAAAGUAUGCCCAUGACUCUGGAUUUAUUGCAGUCCACCCGGAUCGGGAUGUCUGUGAAUGCCCUGCGGAAGCAGAGCACUGAUGAAGAAGUGAUAUCACUCGCCAAAUCGCUCAUCAAGUCCUGGAAAAAGCUUCUCGAUGCUUCAGAGGAAAAAAGUGAGGAGAAGAAGAGGAACCUUUCCUUGCCAACCUCUUCCUCAAAGGAGAGCGGCAACUCAAGAGACCAAAGCUCCAACAAAAGGCAGGAUGCGCCGAAGACACCGACCACCCCCAAAAUCACCACCUUCCCUCCGGUGCCUGUCACCUGCGAUGCUGUCCGCAACAAAUGCAGAGAGAUGCUGACUUCUGCUCUGCAGAGUGACAGUGACCACGUUGCCAUCGGGGCGGACUGCGAGCAUCUCGCCGCCCAGAUUGAAGAAUGUAUAUACCAAGACGUCAAGAACACUGACAUGAAGUACAAGAACCGGGUGAGGAGCCGCAUCUCCAACCUGAAGGACUCCAAGAACCCCGAGCUGAGGAAGAACGUGCUGUGCGGGGCAAUCACCCCGGAGCAGAUUGCUGUGAUGACCUCGGAGGAAAUGGCCAGUAACGAGCUGAAGGAGAUCAGGAAGGCUAUGACGAAAGAGGCGAUCCGGGAGCACCAGAUGGCCAAGACGGGUGGCACUCAGACCGACCUCUUCACUUGCGGCAAAUGCAAGAAGAAGAACUGCACUUACACUCAGGUGCAGACACGCAGCUCCGACGAGCCCAUGACCACCUUUGUCGUGUGUAACGAGUGUGGGAACCGCUGGAAGCCGGCGUGGCCUCAUUCGCAGCAAGUCUGAUCUCUUGCAGUUCUGCUGAGACAUCUCGGAACCCGACCGCGGCAGCCGAACACGGCCCAGAACAAACCGUGCAUUCUCCAGCUUCUCCGGCAAUUGUGUAUCGUAUCCCAAGUGAGUUUCCUUUGUGUCACGCACCAAGCGCAUUGUCCGAGGGAGGCCUGGCCCCUUUCUGUGCGGCAGUGGCGAGCGGCCCCCGGCGGGGCAGGCAUUUAGCAGGAGAGUUCACUACCCCCUUUCGUCUUUUAUUUUCUCAUCAAAGAAAAGCAUUGCCAUUCUUUCCAAACAGUAUUAAACAUUAUUUUUUUUU